UACUCCAUAUUAACUCUGCUUAAGGCACAAGUUCCAUUCCUCGCUCCUCCUCAAAAGCACUAUGUGUCGUAAUCGAGGUUCCCUCCCUGCUGCGCCGGUCACUUUGGCCCCAACCCCAGGUCCUCUCUCCAGUCCCAGACCCCGGAGAAGGUCUGGGCCGGAGAUCUUUACUUUCGAUCCCCUCCCGGAGCCUGCCACUUACCGACCCGCCCGCUCCAGAAGCGGAGUAAUUCGCAAGCGCAGCCGCAGAGUCCUCUACCCUCGAAUGGUUCGACGCCAGUUACCUGCUGAAGACCCCAAUCCAGCCCGACGCCUCCUCUUCCUCCUCCUCGCUAUUGUCUUUUGUCAGAUUUUAAUGGCGGAAGAGGGAGGUCCAGCGCCUCCAGUGCUGGAAGAACCUGCCCACGACCCCAUUCCAGCGUCUCCACUUGUGGAGUCCCAGAACUUGACUUUUGAGUCUCCGGACUACACCAUGGACAUCAGCGCCUUCUUCCAACAGCACCCGGCAGCUUUCUAAACUACUAUACUACCCCUACACAAAAAAACAAACAAAAACACAGAAUCGAGGGGUACGAAAGGGCAAAGCUGAGUCUGGAUCAGAGACACUCGUACUUGGAACACUAAAAUCAAGGAAUGACAUAAAUGCCACAGGGCCUAUAUCCCAGAGCUGUAGUAAAUGGAGGAGAGAGAGGGAGAGACUUGUCCUGCAUUUUUGGUGCAGGGAAGAAAAGACAUUAAUUUAUUGCUGGUCAUUCCUAGAUAAUAUUUAUAUACAGUUUUUAUUUAUGUACCAUCCCAAAGGGUGGGAAGUGGUGGUGGGAGAAAGGUAUAUGUAAUAUUUAUUUUAAUUUACAUGUUGGAUAGGAGAUUUACCUCCAACUUUCUGUAAUGAAUUUUUUUGUUUUAUUUAUUGAGAUAUUUUUAGUGAGUUGUUGAAGUGAGGACUCUAGACCAAACUAAACCUGAAUGUGGAGAGAAGGCUUGGAAAAUAAAUUAACUGGAACUGGGAACUGAUAGGCGACUGGAACUGGGGAACUGAAUCAAGGGAAGAUUUGGAAAAGAAACCUAGUGAUAGUGACAGGAAUAGUACCUUUGGAGAUGACAAUAUCCGCCUUCCUCCCCCUCCUCCUCCCCCCCCCACAUAUCUCAAUUCAGUGGGACCUACUAAGAGGAGCUAUAAAGGCUAAAGGAAUCAGUGACUACUGUUACUCAGAAACUGCUCCUGAGGGGCUAGUCUUUGUGUGUGUGUGGGUGGGGAGGUCUGUUGCCUUGUAUGUUCUAUGAACAGCAAAUAAAAUUGUUCUUAUUGCUGGAAACCAA